CUUCGCUGGGCGAGCAGGCCCAGGUCGAGCGAGGCGGACGCCGGUGAGGACUCCCAGGCGCAGCCCCUCCCCUCGGGCAGGUCAUACGUUGAACGAUGGAGGAGAUCAACCAGGAAUGACAACAAAAGUCCUAGCCACCCUCUCCUAGGAAGUAGUCAUGUUGGAGGGAUUGGUAGCCUGGAUCCUCAACAACUAUCUGGGCAAAUAUGUCAGUAACUUGAACACGGACCAGCUCUCCGUAGCUCUUCUAAAAGGUGCGGUGGAGUUGGAAAAUUUACCACUAAAGAAAGAUGCCUUGAAGGAAUUGCUGCCGUUUGAGGUCAAAGCUGGCUUCAUUGGCAAGGUAACGCUGCAGAUACCGUUUUAUCGCCCGCACGUGGACCCAUGGGUGAUAUCGGUGUCAAAAUUACAUCUGAUCGGAUCGCCGGAGAAGAAAGAAGAUUUUGAUGAAGAAAGAGAGAGGCUGUUUGAAAGAGAAACCAAGAAAGCAGUCUUAUUAGCACUGGAAGAGAAAUGGAAAAAAGAACGGGAGCAGGUAGGAGAAUCUUACUGGUAUUCAGUCACUGCCUCUAUCAUUACAAGCAUCGUAGAGAACAUCGAAUUAAAAAUUCAAGAUGUCCACUUAAGGUUUGAAGAUGACAUCAAAAAUCCAUCGCAGCCGCUUGCAUUUGGAAUCUGUAUAAAAAAUGUCUCUGCACAGAAUGCCGUGAAUGAGCCGGUGGAGGAUCUAAUGAGAAAAAAACAGCUGGAUAUUGCUGAUUUCAGCAUCUAUUGGGAUACCAAUUGCACUUUAAUGGGAGACUUGCCACCAGGGGAACUGCAGGAAGCUAUGGAUAAGAGCAUGGAAAGUCGAGAGCACAAUUACAUCCUGGAGCCUGUGUGCACCUCUGCCCUCCUCAAGAGAAACUGUUCGAAAGAGCCGCUGAGGUCGCGACAUUCCCCGCGGCUUGAGUUCGACAUUCAGAUGGAGACGAUCCCACUGAAACUUUCUCAGACCCAGUACCGGCAAAUCAUGGACUUCUUGAAGGAACUGGAUCGAAAAGAGCGGCAGCUUAAAUUUAGAAAAUGGAAGCCCAAGGUUGCGGUAACUGGAAACUGCCGCGAAUGGUGGCUCUUUGCUCUGAACGCGAACAUUGCGGAGAUCAGAGAGCAGAGGGAACGCUCUUCGUGGGAAUUUGCGUUGCAUCGGGCCCAAGACGCUGUCUUGUACACUGACCUGUAUUACAGGAAGUUAAAAGAAGUGCCAUUGUCUGCUGAGGAGCAGGAAGAGAUGGACAGGAUUGAGGAUGAACAAACUUUUGAGGAGUUGAAAAUCUUGCGCGAGAUAGUUUAUACACAGUACCAUGAACUGGCCGAGAGCGUUAAGGAGCCCUUAUGUGAUACCUUGGGAGGAGUUUCUGAUCUUGGCCUGGAAACCCCGACCACUUCCAGCAGCAGCAGCAGCAGCAGCAGUGGAAUGCUGCAGUACCUUCAGUCUUGGUUUCCUGGCUGGGGGGGCUGGUACAGCGACUCGCAGGAUGCAUUAGAAGCAGACACUUUUAAAGAAUUGCUCUCGGAGACGCCAGAACACUGGAGACCGGAGGAUGUUGCAGGUGCUGAUGAAUUUUUUGACCUGGGCACUGACGUCUCCAACAUCAAGCAUCCUUUCACAAAGAGGGACCAUGUCUUUGCAAAGUUAAAUCUCCAGCUGCAGGGCGGCUCCGUCACCUUGCUGCAUGCGGAAAAGCGGAGCCUGCAGGCUAAGGAAAGAGAUUUCAUGCAGCUGGAAUUUUCAGGAGUGACGAUCCUAGCAGAAUCCCUUCCUCGCAGGAACUCUUCCCUUUUCAAGAUUCAGCUUGGCAGCCUGUUCCUCCGAGAUUUAGCAACAGAAGGGUCCAUAUUCCCAGUCCUGGUCUUCCCUAAUCCUCAAAAAGAAGUUGGCUGCGUCUCUUCCAUUGGUCUCCAAGCUUCUUCUUCAGACACAAGUAAUCAGAGCACUGCUGCCGACCCUGAGGUUCCAGUGUUUGAGAUGCUGUAUGAGAGAAACCCAGUCCGCAGCAGUUUUGAGAGACGCCUAGAAGUCAGUACCAGACCUCUAAAUAUUAUUUACAAUCCACAAGCCAUUAAGAAAGUAGCCGAUUUCUUCUACAAGGGAAGGGUUCAUACCUCAGGUUUUGGAUAUCAAUCUGAGCUUGAGCUCAGGGUGGCAGAAGCUGCCAGAAGACAAUACAACAAGCUCAAAAUGCAGACGAAGGCCGAAAUCAGACAAACCAUCGACCGUUUGCUGGUGGGAGAUUUCAUUGAAGACAGCAAACGUUGGUCUGUGUGCCUUGACAUUUCUGCCCCUCAAGUAAUCUUCCCUGACGACUUUAAAUUUGCAGAUCCGGUUUUAGUAGUGGUUGACUUGGGAAGAAUGUUACUUACCAAUUCUCAAGAGGAGCAUAAAAAGAAGAGUUCGGAUGGGGUGCCGCUGGAUCUGAGCGAACUGAGUGACGAUGAAUACAAGACGCCUCUCGCCACCCCUCCCAGCACCCCACCCCCAGAAGUCAGCAGUAGCGACGGAAGCAAAAAUCUCGACUUUCCUGGGGUCGAAAUCAGCGAAGAGCAGCUACACGCCCACUUGAUGAGUAAAAAAAUGUAUGAGACCUACAGCUUGUCAUUCAUGGAUCUUCAGAUCAUGGUGGGGAGAGUAAAGGACAACUGGAAGCACGCUCAGGACAGCGAUGUCGGCCCGACGCACGUGGUGGAGAAAUUCAACGUUCACUUGCAACUGGAGCGCAGGUUGAUAUACACUUCGGAUCCCAAGUACCCCGGAGCAGUCUUGUCUGGGAAUUUACCGGAUUUGAAAAUACACAUCAACGAGGAUAAAAUAAUAGCCCUGAAUAACUGCUUUGGAAGGCUGAGCACGUCUGAAAAUGAAACUUCAAGUUCUUUGCACUUGGGGAAAGAGAAGAUUUUUAUGGAUACGGACCAGCGUGGAAGUUUGCAUAGUUCAGUCAUGAAUUUAACUCAGAGUGUCAUAACGGUAGAGCAACACACGAAGGAAGUCCUUGUCGAGUCGCAGCUGCUUUUAGCGGAGUUCAAGGUGAACUGCAUGCAGCUGGGUGUGGAAAGCAAUGGCCGUUACAUCUCUGUCCUCAAGGUUUUUGGCACAAAUGCCCAUUUUGUGAAGAGGCCUUAUGAUACAGAAGUCUCGCUCACUGUUCAUGGGUUGCUCUUGGUCGAUACUAUGCAGACGUACGGCUCCGACUUUGACCUCCUGAUGGCUUCUCACAAAAAUCUCCAUUUUGAUGCCCCAACGGGAAGCCUACGGGAUAGCAGGGCCCAGUCCCCUGUUGGUGGGCCCUGUGAAGCCUACCCAACGGAUAGAGCAGGCUUGACGGAAGCACGAUCUGCAGCCUUGAGUGAGUUAUCCUGUGGUUUUCCUCCAGGUGACGAAUCUUUAAUUAAACUGGAAUAUCAGUUUGUGAGCGCAGAAUGCCCCUCUAUGAACUUGGAUAGCACUCUCCAAGUGAUAUCUGUUCAGAUGAACAACUUGGAUAUCAUUCUUAACCCAGAGACCAUUGUUGAGUUGAUUGGCUUCCUCCAGAAAUCUUUCCCAAAGGAAGAUGAUUCUAGCCCUCAGCCAUUAAUGACUGACUUGGAGAGAAGUUUCAGCGACCAAGAAUCCUUCCAGUCUACCCACACCCAGUGUACAGAAGUAGCAGUGGAUAUCCACUCAUUAAACAUACUUCUCCUUCGGACUGUCACAAUGAUAAAUGGAGAGAAGCUUGGCAGAAAGAUUGCAACAGCAAGCAUCGGGGGCACCAAAGUGAAUGUCUCUAUGGGUAGCAGAGUGGACCUCAAUGGGUCUCUAGGUUGUUUACACCUUAUGGAUUUGACCCAGGACAGCAGUAAAAACCUGUAUGUCGUAAGCAUUGGGAAUGCUGUAAGGUAUGAAAAUUUCAUUUGUGACGUGGGUGACUUCAAGCCUGCAUUUCUCCAGUUUGAUGAUUCUAGUAGCCUUCCAGAUGCUUUGAGCUUCACUUUUGUCGAGCAGUCAGAGGAGGAAUGUUCGCUUCACCUCCGGAUGGCAUCUUUGCAUUACAACCACUCGGCAAAGUUUUUGAAAGAGAUCACCUUAUCCAUGGACGAACUCGAGGAGAACUUCCGCAGCAUGCUUAAGAGCGCAGCGACCAAGGUGACGACUGUCUUGGCCACUAAAACCGCCGAAUACUCCGAAAUGGUUUCUUUGUUUGACACGACGCCUCGACCGAGAGACCCCUUUAAUUUUGAAAGUAAUGAAGGGGAGGAACUCCUGCAGCCACGCCCCAAAAGUGAAACGAUUAAGCUUAUUUUAAACGUCAACAUCGAGUCCCCAGUUGUAUCCAUACCCCGUAAGCUUGGCAGCCCGGAGUUGCUGGUGGGGCAUCUUGGGCAGAUAUCCAUCCAGAAUUUUGUGGCGGGAGAAGACAAUUCAACAAGUGAUAGGCUUCAGGUGGAAAUCAGAGAUAUUAAGAUGUAUUCUCUAAACAGCAGUCAUUUGGCAGGCAGGAAAGAAUCUACUUCUGAAGCGUUACAUGCAACACAUCCCUCGGGACCUGCCAGCGUCAGCAGUCAGGAGGAUUCUCAUUUCACUCGGCAUGAUUUCUUUGAAUCGUUACAUAAAGGUCAUGCUUUCCAUAUUUUGAAUAAUGCUACGAUCCAGUUCAGACUGGAGAAGAUCCCAGUGGAGAGAGAUGCCGAGUUGACCUUCUCUAUGACUGAUGAUGUUGAAACCUCAAGCAUUAUGAGAAUCGAGGGGAAGUUUGUUAACCCUCUGCAGGUGGUAUUGGCCAAGCAUGUGUACGAACAAGUUUUGCAAACUCUUGACAACCUAGUUUGCAGUGAAGAUCUGACUAAGCCCUCGUCCUCCUUCCCGUCGUCCACCUGUCCUCCUUCUAGUUCUCCUGCAUCGCUCCGAAGCACAAACUCCGACUUCUCCAUGGAUAGGAAGGAAAAUGGACUCUUCAGCCAUUCCAGCUUUUCCACUUCCAGCAAGUUUACUCCGGUCAAAGAAGUGACCCAGUCUUUUACUCAGAUACAAGCCAACUUCCAUAUUUCUGAGCUGCAGGUUCAGCUAAGCGGUGACCUUACACUUGGAGCCCAAGGCCUGGUUAGCUUAAAAUUUCAGGAUUUCGAUGUAGAGUUUACUAAAGAUCACCCCCAUACCUUGUCCAUUCAGAUUGCCUUACGAUCUCUGUUGAUGGAAGAUCUUUUGGAGAAGAAUCCAGAUUCUCUGUAUAAGAACCUCAUGGUGUCCCGUGGAGCACCCAAACCAUCCAGUUUAGCGCACAAAGAAUACCUUUCCCAGUCUUGUCCCUCUGUGUCUAAUGUGGAAUAUCCGGAGAUGCCUCGUUCCCUCCCUUCACAUAUGGAAGAAGCCCCAAAUGUCUUUCAGUUAUACCAAAGACCGAGUUGCAUCUCCCACAAGAAACAAAAAGACGAUGUGGAUUCAGGCUACCCCUUAACUCCUCCUCCUUCCCCCACCGCUGACAAGUCGAGCACUCCUUGCGAGAAGAGUGACUUUGAUGACUCUUUGGUUCACAUCAAUAUGUUGCUGGUGGACAAGAAGCAUCCAGCGUUUUCCUCUUGUUACGGCAAAGUCCACCGCAGCGUGGACGUUGACUUCAACUGUUUAGACGUUUUGAUAACUCUGCAGACCUGGGUGGUGAUUCUGGAUUUUUUUGGAAUUGGAUCCACCGCCGAGAAUCACAGCAUGAAGUUGCCUUCUGAAGAUGUUCAGCAGAUGGUGAAGUCGGAAACGAGCGUUUUGUCCGAUUUGGAAUUCCAAGAUUCUGUGAACACCAAACUGGACCUGAAGGUCCAUUCCCUGUCCUUGGUUCUGAAUAAGGCGACAACUGAGCUGGCAAAAGCAAAUGUCUCCAAGCUUGCCACCCACGUGGAAAUGAUUGAAGGAGACCUGGCCCUUCAGGGAAGCAUUGGGAGCUUAUCUUUAAGUGACCUCACUUCACAUGGGGAAUUUUACCGAGAGCGCUUUACUACCAGCGGUGAAGAGGCGCUCAUCUUUCAGAUCCACAAGUACGGCCAACCGGAUCCCUUGCUGCAGAGAGAUUGUGACAUGUGCGUGAGCCUGCGUAUGGCCUCGGUGCAGUACGUUCACACCCAGCGCUUCCAAGCGGAGGUGGUGUCUUUCAUCCAGCAUUUCACUCAGCUCCAGGAUGUCUUGGGGCGUCAGAGAGCAGCAGUUGAAGGGCAGACGGUAAGAGACCAGGCCCAGCGAGCUUCUAGAGUGCUGCUUGACAUAGAAGCGGGCGCUCCUGUCCUCCUUAUCCCUGAAAGUUCGAAGUCCAGCCACCUGAUCGUGGCCAACCUGGGGAAGCUGAAAGUCAAAAACAGGUUCCUUUUUUCUGGUGCUCCAGGUACCUUCUCCCUGAAAGAUAAGGAUUUGAUUUUGCAAGGUGGCACGUACAAGGACCCCAUUUUUUGUGAGCAAGAUUCUGUUCCAUUUUCAUCACCCCUGGGAACCCCAAAGCACAGCAUGAAGAAAACCUCAAGUACAGAUGAGUCCAGGGCCACAUCGAGUCCCUCUGGAGGGUUAUUCAUGAGAUCAUCAUCUUCUGGACCCAAUCUGAGACUGAAAAGUGAUCCCGUUGCGAGUGUUUUAACUACGCCUUCCAAGCCAUCCCCUUUGCCAGUCCCAGACAGUCCCGAGGAACAUACCUGCCUGUUAGACUGCAUUGUGGUUGAUCUGCAGGAUAUGGAUAUUUUUGCGGCUGAAAGAUGCCCUAGAGAAUAUUCAGAGGCCCUGGAGGAAACCGGUGCUGAUAUGACCUUCCCUUCCUACGUUGUUAGGCAGAUGGGCAGAAGCCUUUUGGCCGAACCUUUCCGACUGAAGCUGCAAGUGGAAAGAAACUUGGACAAGGAGAUAAGCCACUCAGUUCCUGAUAUAUCCAUUCAUGGCAAUCUGUCAUCCGUCCACUGUUCUCUGGACCUCAGCAAAUAUAAACUGAUUCGGGGACUCCUUGAGAAUAAUCUGGGUGAACCAAUAGAGGAGUUCAUGCGGCCCUAUGACUUACAAGACCCAAGAAUACACACUGUGUUGAGUGGAGAAGUGUACACCUGCAUGUCUUUCCUUAUUGACAUGGUCAAUGUGAGUCUGGAGCUGACCAACCCCCAAGGGAAGGAUGGCUCGCUAGCCAGGUUUGACUUCAAGAAGUCCAAGUUGCUUUUUGAGAGUUUUUCAAAUCAGACCAAAUCCAUAAACUUGGUCUCACAUUCCAUGAUGGCGUUUGACACACGAUAUGCCGGGCAGAGGGCCUCUUUGGGAACGCCGAACGUGUUCAGUUGCAUCUUCCAGUCAUCCAAGAACACCAACACCCCAGGGGCAAUACAGAUCGAGCUGCAUUACAGAUCUACCAAGGAUUCUUCCUGCUUCACAGUGGUCCUGAACAACCUUCGUGUGUUCCUGAUCUUCGACUGGCUACUGCUCGUUCAUGACUUCAUACAGACGCCCAGCGAUACCAAGAAGCAGCCCAACCUCACCCCUUCCAGGCAGCGCAAUUACAGCAGUGAAAUGGCGGUCGUUCCCAAAGCGGUGAAGUGCGGGAUCGUCACAAAGCGUUCUUCUCUUCAGGUCUCUGCUGAAAAACAGCUGGAAGUCAAGAUCAAUGUAACAGGUACUGAAUUUGUGGUGGUUGAAGACAUGUCCUCUCUGGAUACCAGUGCCAUUAUUCUGAAGGGGACGACAGUACUUACUUACAAGCCCAAACUGGUGGAUCGCCCUUUCUCGGGCAGUUUGUUUGGCAUUGAGGUUUUUUCGUGCCGGCUGGGGAACGAGCAGGAAACGGCACUCUCUAUUAUCGACCCUGUACAAAUUCAAGUUGAACUUGUGGGGAAUUCUUCAUAUCCCAGUGGGUCAGGAUUGCUGGAUGCUUUCAACAGUGAAGACUUCCCACCUGUUUUAGAGAUUCACUUACAAGCGCUGGACAUCAGAUUGUCUUACAAUGAUGUCCAGCUCUUCUUGGCUAUUGCCAAGUCCAUUCCUGGUCAGACCAGCAGCGCCACGCCCAGUGCUUCUGCAUCGGACAGCAAAGCCUCUGUUUCUGCUUCUCCUGCUUGCAUAAAAGAGAUCUCGGGACUAACCUCCGAAGCCACAGAUGCCCCGAAACAUACUUUAGAUCCUGUUCUUGAGGUGCAGCUGGCCCGACUGCAGGAACUGGGAUUUAGCAUAGAAGACUGUCGCAAAGCUCUUUUGGUGUGCCAAGGUCAGCUGAAGAAAGCAGCGAGUUGGUUGUUCAAGAACGCCGAACCACUGAAGUGUGUGCCAUUCGAUUCAAGUCAGCGAGAGAGCCAGGGCUCUGUGGCCCUCCGCUUGAUUUCUGGAGUGGAAAUUAAAGCCGAAAGCAUCUGUAUUUGCUUCAUAGAUGACUGCAUGGACAGUGACGUUCCCCUAGCUGAAUUAACUUUUUCACGUUUGAAUUUUCUCCAGCAUCUGAGAGCCAGCCCUGAAGGCUAUGCUCAUUUUACACUCUCUGGAGAUUAUUAUAACCGCGAACUUUCUGGCUGGGAACCGUUUAUCGAGCCCUGGCCAUGUUCAGUAUCCUGGCAGCAGCAGCCAGCCAGUCGCCUCCAUCCUUCUCGGUUGAAGCUGGAGGUGAAAACAAAGCAUCGUCUGGACAUCAACAUAACUUCUGUGUUAAUUGAGCAGUAUGCUAGCACUAAACAGUCAUGGAUGGCGGAUUACUGCAAACUGGAGAAAGAAGUAGAGGCGGACGAAUCUGAAGAAUGGAUGGGCUCUUCGGUUGAUCCUCCGUCAUUUGGGCAGGGCCUUCCUCUUGUCUACCUUAGAACUAGGAGCACAGCCAGUCUGACUAACCUAGAGCACCAGAUGUAUGCUAGAGCUGAAAUGAAGGCUCCGAAGCGCCGGCAUCCUUUUGUGCCGUUCGCCCUGCGGAAUCACACCGGCUGCACUCUCUGGUUCGCCACUUUAACCACCACUCCAACCCGUGCCGCACUGUCUCACAGUGGAAGCCCCGGCGUCCUUCCGGAGGAAAACGGGACGUUUCUUGAUGAUGCGCACAAAGUCAGCGAGUGGCGGGAAGUCCUGACAGGCGAAGAAGUUCCUUUUGAGUUCGAAGCCAGGGGGAAACUGAGGCACAGACACACACACGACUUAAGGAUUCAUCAGCUGCAGGUGCGAGUAAGCGGCUGGGAGCAAGUCAGUCCGGUAUCAGUCGACAAAGUGGGAAUUUUUUUCCGAUAUGCGGCCCCUGACAAGAGCACAUCUUCAUCUACCGUUGGCAGCCCGAUUAGCAGAACAAACAUCAUCCAUCCACAUGUUUAUUUUUCUUCGCUGCCUCCGGUUCGAGUGGUCUUUGCAGUGACCAUGGAAGGCAGCGCCCGGAAGGUGAUCACGGUGCGCUCAGCCUUGAUUGUGAGAAACAAGCUGGAGAUUCCAAUGGAGCUGAGACUGGAUAGUCCUUCCGCUCCGGACAAACCCGUCGUCCUGCCUUCGGUAAUGCCAGGGGAUUCUUUUGCUGUUCCUCUGCAUCUUACCUCCUGGCGCUUGCAGGCCAGGCCCAAGGGAAUGGGUGUCUUCUUCUGCAAGUCCCCAAUCCAUUGGACGAACGUCCAGAAGGCCUCAGAGGUCAGCAGCAGCAAACGAGAGUGUCACGCGAUGGAGUCUGAAAACAGUCGAUUCUUCAGGUUUUGCGUCGCCAUAAAGAAAGAGAAUUACCCCGACUACAUGCCCUCCAACAUAUUUUCUGACAGCGCCAAGCAGAUCUUCAGGCAGCCCGGGCACACCAUUUAUCUCUUGCCCACCGUGGUGCUCUGUAACUUGCUUCCUUGUGAGCUCGAGUUUUAUGUUAAAGGGACGCCCAUCAGUGGGACGCUGAAGCCUGGGAAAGAGGCAGCGCUGCACACGGCUGACACGUCGCAGAAUAUAGAACUCGGACUCUCCCUAGAAAAUUUUCCACAUUGCAAGGAGCUCUUGAUACCUCCUGGAACACAAAACUAUAUUGUGCGGAUGCGACUGUACGACGUUAACAAGCGCCUGUUGAAUCUUACCAUCAGGAUUGUGUGUCGCGCAGAAGGGUCCUUGAAGAUAUUUAUUGCUGCCCCAUAUUGGCUUAUCAACAAAACAGGGUUGCCCCUGAUCUUCAGGCAGGACAAUGCCAAGAUUGAUGCGGCCGGCCAGUUUGAAGAACAUGAACUAGCCAGAAGCUUGAGUCCUCUCCUAUUCUGUUAUGCCGAUAAGGAACAGCCCAAUCUUUGUACCAUGAGAGUUGGGAGGGGGAUCCACCCUGACGGCAUGCCUGGCUGGUGCCAGGGCUUCUCCCUGGACGGAGGAAGCGGCGUCAGAGCCCUGAAAGUGAUCCAGCAAGGAAACCGACCGGGCCUCAUUUACAAUAUCGGGAUUGAUGUGAAGAAGGGCAGAGGUCGCUACAUUGACACUUGCAUGGUAACCUUUGCACCUCGCUACCUGUUGGAUAACAGAUCCCUGCACAAGCUUGCCUUUGCGCAGCGGGCAUUCGCCCGGGGACAGGGCUCUUCCAAUCCAGAUGGCUAUAUCUCCACACUCCCCGGCUCGAGCGUUGUCUUCCACUGGCCACGCAACGAUUAUGACCAAUUAUUGUGUGUUCGGCUAAUGGAUGUCCCAAACUGCAUCUGGUCUGGAGGCUUUGAAGUCAACAAAAACAAUUCUUUCCACAUCAAUAUGAGGGACACCACUGGAAAAUGCUACUUUUUACGAGCAGAGAUCACUCUCAAGGGAGCCACAUACCGCGUCUCGUUCAGCGACACGGAUCAAUUGCCACCGCCAUUCCGCAUAGACAAUUUUUCUAAGGUUCCUAUAGUGUUUACUCAGCUCGGCGUGGCGGAACCACGGCUCAGUACAGAAGUCAAGCCAAUGACCGCUUUGGAUUAUGCCUGGGAUGAGCCUACUUUGCCGCCGUGCAUCACGCUCACAGUUAAAGGAGCCGGCUCGUCCGAAAUCAUGUGCAGCAUGGAUGACUUUCAAGACAGCAAGCAGCUCUAUUAUGAAAAUUUUAUUUACAUCGCUGCUGCAUACACUUUCUCUGGCCUACAGGAAGAAAGUGGGAGGCCAGUAACUUCAAACAAAGACGUGGAUUGCGCUGAACUCGUCCUCGACGUCUCUCCAAAGACACAGAGAGUCAUAUUAAAGAAAAAGGAGCCAGGGAAGCGCUCUCAGCUCUGGAGGAUGACUGGCACCGGCAUGCUGUGCCACGAAGGCUCUGCGGUCCCUCACCAUCCAAACAAGCCAUCCCCUCCUCGGUCCACAGAAUCCUCCAUGAUCUUGGACAUCGCUGGCUUGGCAGCCGUCACCGAUAACAGGUACGAGCCUCUGAUGCUGAGGAAGCCAGACAGGCGCCGGAGUACGACGCAGACGUGGAGUUUUCGCGACGGAAAGUUGGUCUGCGGGAUGCAUGGUCUCGUCGUCCAGGCUAAAGGAGGUAGAUCUGGGCUUCGCGAUGGGGCAGAAGUUGUUCUUGGUUCAGACACUUCUCUGGAAACGUUGAGCCUGGUUCCACCAGAGCAGCAGUUCAUCAAUCAGAAGAUGAGGCCCGGCUCCGGUGUCUUGGUAGCCAGGGUCAUUCCAGAUGGGCCAACCCGAGUUUUGCAGAUAACAGACUUCAACCAACGCAGAAAUGAUCGCUUCUCGUACGAAGGCGAUGAGCUUCUGAUGCUGGAACAAGAUCUGGGGAAGCUGAAGAAUCUAGAUACACAGCAAGAAUUGGAAGUUCAGUUGAAACUGGAAGGCGGCAUCGGUUUGUCCUUAGUGAAUAAAGCCCCGGAAGAGCUGAUAUUUGCAAGUUUCACCGGCAUUAACGUCCAUUUCACCCAGCAGUCGUCCAGUCAAGUGCUUGAGCUGAGCAUACAGGAUGUGCAGGUGGACAAUCAGCUCAUCGGAACCACUCAACCUUUCAUGCUCUUUCUGACCCCCCAAACCAGUGAAAAUGAAGCCGCCGAGACGGGCCCCGCCUUGCAAUUAAAUGCCAUGAAAUUUCCCAGUAAGAGGCCUUUAACUGAUAUUUACAAGCACCUGAUGAUCACGGCUCGCAGGUUUACAGUCCAAAUCGAGGAGAAACUGCUCCUUAAACUUCUAAGUUUCUUUGGCUAUGAUCAGACCGAAUCAGAGGUUGAGAGUUAUGAUGAGAACCUUCAUGAAAAGCCUGUGGAGCAAGGAGCACAGAAGCGGUAUUAUUUUGAAAACCUGAAGAUCAGUGUGCCACAGAUAAAGCUGAGUGUGUUGACUUCCAGCAAGCUGCCCCUCGAUCUCAAGGCACUGAAGAGCACUUUAGGCUUUCCCUUGAUCAGAUUUGAAGACGCCGUGAUCAACCUGGAUCCCUUCACCAGAGUCCACCCUUACGAGACGAAAGAGUUUAUUGUCAAUGAUGUUUUGAAGCACUUUCAAGAAGAGCUGCUCAGCCAAGCUGCGAGGAUCCUGGGCUCUGUGGAUUUCCUUGGGAACCCGAUGGGCCUCUUGAAUGAUGUUUCGGAAGGCGUUACUGGGCUGAUAAAGUAUGGAAAUGUUGGUGGCCUUAUCAGGAACGUCACACAUGGAGUGUCAAACUCUGCUGCGAAGUUCGCCGGGACUUUGUCAGACGGCUUGGGGAAGACGAUGGACAAUCGACAUCAGACGGAGCGCGAGUACAUCCGAUACCAUGCUGCGACGAGCGGGGAACAUCUUGUAGCUGGCAUCCAAGGACUAGCUCAUGGUAUCAUUGGCGGAUUGACUAGUGUGAUCACCUCAACAGUGGAAGGUGUGAAAACCGAAGGGGGUGUCAGCGGCUUCAUAUCUGGCUUUGGAAAAGGAUUGGUUGGGACCGUCACCAAACCAGUGGCAGGUGCUCUGGAUUUUGCUUCUGAAACUGCUCAGGCAGUGAGAGAUACAGCCACUCUGACUGGCCCCAGGACACAGGCUGAGAGAAUGAGAAAGCCGCGGUGUUGCAGGGGGCCUCAAGGACUCUUGCCUCGAUAUUCCGAGAGCCAGGCCGAAGGGCAAGAGCAGCUCUUCAAGCUGACGGAUAACAUUCAGGACGAAUUCUUCAUUGCAGUGGAGAAUAUAGACAGCUACUGCGUUAUCAUUUCCUCCAAAGCCGUUUAUUUCCUCAAGUGUGGAGAUUACAUGGACCGAGAGGCAAUUUUCCUGGAGGUGAAAUAUGGCGACCUCUAUCACUGCCUUAUCUCGAAGGACCACGGGAAGGUUUACAUCCAGCUGACAAAGAGAGCGGUAAAUUCCAGCAGCGGAGUAUCCAUGCCUGGUCCGUCACAUCAGAAGCCCAUGGUCCACGUGAAGUCCGAGGCUCUCGCCGUGAAGCUGUCUCAAGAAAUCAACUACGCAAAGAGCCUUUUCUAUGAACAGCAGCUCAUGCUAAGAUCCAGCGCACACCCUGAGCAACUGGAGUUGGACUCGUGACCCGCAGAGGAUCGCUGAGUGGGACGGGGACGUUUCCCCCUCCGCUCAGCAAAAGGCAGCAGGAACUGCUGAUUGUUAGAAAGUGUGUUCUGUGAGGCUAGCAAGCCAAGGCCACGGAAACUAAAGUCCUCUUCAACAUGGGGCACUUAAUAUUGAGAGUGGAGACACGUUUGAAAUGCAUUUAGCUAUAGGAAAAAGCUCUGUAUUUUCUUACCGUUUGUGUGUGUAUAAAUACUUAUACAUAUACAUAUAUAUAUAUAUGCGCUAUAUAUGUAUGUAUGUAUGUAUGUAUGUACAACUGUGUUUAGUGUAAAUAAGAAAGUUACACAGCAGGUUGCUAGGGUGUAUAAAGGUCUAUUUCGUGUCAAGGAAUUAAAGGAAAGGUUUUAUUGAGUCUCUUAUUGCACUGACUGCGAGCCUUUGACACAGCACAUUUUCCGAAAAGAUGAGAAAGGACCAUAAAGGGAGGCCGGCUGGAAUGCCGUAGAGGGUCAGUUUGGUUACAGGCAUCUGUGGGUGAUCUAACUGGGCAGGGGCGUUUAUUUUUCCAGCGUUUGAUGCUUCAAUGCCCUCCUAGAGUCUAGGAUUUUCUUGUCUUCCUGUUUACACGAUGGGUUUACUGUCCUUUGCCCAAACAAGCUGGAGGCACAUAGACAGGGUCUCUUCCCCCCACCCAUACUAAAACAGAAAAGGGUCUUUGCUCUGUGAAAGCAUUUGGCUGUUAGUGAGACAAGCACGUACCAGGAGGCGAAAAUCCUAAAGCAACAUGGAAAAAAACCUCCCCCCCCCUUAAGUAGUUUUGUGAGAUUGUGAAAGAAAAAGUUAGUGGUGUGUUACUUUGGAGUUAAAAUAGGGAUACUUUUUGUGUAGGAAAGAUGCAGUCUUAAGCCCUCUUUUAAAAGUAGAGUUGUGUUGACUAUUGGCCUUUAGGCAAAAUGCAAGCUCAGUUCGCCAACCAGAACAGAAAAAAACACAUCUAAGAAAAACGAUUAACUGCUGUUGGUAAGAAAUGAACCCAGACUUUAAAAAAAAAAAAAAAUCAUAUUGCAGAAUCACUGGAUUUAACUGACACUACUGCCAUUUUUCUGACUUUGUGUUCUUUUGAUGACAAUGUUGUAAGAAGGGACUAGGCAUUUCUACACAUGCUCUCUCACUUCUCUCUCCCUGCCCCCACAAGCUACAAUCCCAGGGAAAGUCAUGCAGCUGGAGGGUCCGUUUCAGUGAGUUUCACUGUUGUGAUUUUAAGGCAUAGCAUAAUCAAAUAGGUUGCAAUGGGCUGUAAAUUUCGUACCUUUUGUGUACCGUGCAGAAAAUUGCAUUUUGGUACCCUUUUAACCCCUCAAAGGGUGGCCUGCCCAAGCGCCGCAGCAACCUGCCUCAGCAAGCAGUGCCUCUGGGUUGACAGAUUGCAACCAAGAUGUUUGUAUGGUUCCUCUGAGAAGGCAGGUCUGGUUCUGGGGGCGGGGGGGGGGCGGGGAAUUGUAGCAGGGGAAGCAUACUGGGUCUGUUUCUGAGACAACCUUCCCAAAGCAAGGCUUCUGUGUCUUCCCUUUGAAAUAUUACGGGGGCUGUUCUACCCAAGGGACAUUUUCAUGCAUCCAAAGGGGGUAAUUUACGACUGCAUCAUCUCAGGAUGCGGGGCUGAAAACAUGAGAUGUGUGAAUGCCUCUCCCCUCCAUGAGGGUUUCAGAUCGAUCGCUGCUUGAAUCGUGCGAGUGCCUCUGGAUGCAGCCAUUUGUCUUUGUAUAUUUUCUGUGUGUUACUUUGGGAGGGGGACUCCGACUUAAGUGCUUUAGCUGAACCCUUCAGCCCCUUUGCACUUCGUUGCUGCUUGCUGAGGAAAUUGUCUGGCUCCCUACAAUUUAUACGUUCAAUCCAGGUGAGGGUUGCAAAGGAAACAAUGACAUUAAUAAACAAAAUCCAGAAUGUAUGAAUCAGCAGGAGAAA